AGCGAGAUUAAACAGUUUUUCAAGCCAGUUCGUAUUAAAGAUGCCAAGAUUUUAAAGCGUGGUGUCGCUGUCGUCUACUUCAAGUCUCAAGAAGACCUAAAUACUUCAUUGCAAAAGCAUGGUGAUAUCCAUGGGUCUACAGUCGCUAUUUGUCCGUAUGAAAAUGAUUUGUUCUUUGAGGCACCGAAGUCCGGGAAUGAUAAACCCACAUGGGACUCUGUGCCGGUGGAUCAGCUACGCAAUGAAAUUAAAGAAGCAAGAUCUUUUUUCACUGGUCGGUUGUUUUUGCGAAACCUGAGCUACGAUUGCACUGAAGCUGAUCUUCUUGAGCUCUUUUCUCCUUUCGGAACCGUGAGUGAAGUUCACCUUAGCUAUGACCCGAUACUUCGGCGAAGCAGGGGCUUCGCGUUCGUCACAUUCCUCUUUCCUGCCGACGCUGUCUCCGCUUUUAAUAAACUCGACAAACAAAAAUUUAAGAACCGCCUGUUGCACAUCCUGCCUGGAAAAGAAAAUAAAUCUCAUCCAAAGCAUCUCCAAAAAACCACCUUGGAGGAGUCGGCGCCACCUGUGGACGAAGAUGGUGAUCAAGCCACCAUGUCAGAAUUUCAAAAAAACAAACUUGCCGAAUUAAAGGCGACAUCGUCUGUCAGUCAUAACUGGAAUACCCUUUUCAUCAAUCCCGACGCCGUCUCUACAUACUUGGCUGCCAAGUUUGGUGUUUCUAAAGAGCAAAUCCUCGACUCGACUGGCAAAGAAUCGGCUGCUGUGCGCUUGGCUCACGGUGAAGCCCAAUUGGUGCACGAAAUACGCGAAUUCCUCCUCCGUGAAGGUGUUCGACUGGACUUGUUAGAACGUGAGACGCCUUCAAGACGUCGCGACAAGCUGGAGUCUCAGGCGGCCUCCACUCACCGACAACUGUCUGGCACCGCCUUCAUUAUCAAGAACCUCCCCGUGGCUACUAGCGAACCCGAGGUUCGAGACCUCAUCCACCGACUAACGCGCUCCGGCGCACAACAACUCGAGACACCGCGACGCGUAAUUCUGCCGCCGCUUGGAAUAACGGCUAUUGUCGAAUACGCGGUGCCGCAGAUCGCUAGAUUAGCCUACAAAGCACUCUCCUAUGAGCCGUACAAGGAUAAUGUCCUCUUCUUACAAUGGGCUCCGGAUGGCAUCCUUUCGCCAAAACCCAAGGUCACUGAGAAGGAAACCGGGGAAGGUGACGCUGGCAACGAUGAUGUUGGUGAUGAGGGGGAGGCGGUACAGCCAUCAGACACCACUACUGUCGCCACGAUGAAACGGAAGAAAUCGAAGAAGUGGGUCCAACAUCGAGAUGGUAGCAGCGAGCAGCCCGAAGAAGCGACCCACAACUUCGCUGACCUCAUCUCCACCGAGAACGCGGAUGACGCGGAAGCAGACGUGUUCGAGGCUGUCGCUCCCUCAGCUUCGGAGCGCGAAGCUACGUCCAAACGCUCCAAGAAGCGCCAGAGAACAGAUCAGGACGAGGAAUUUGCGAUAGUGAAGAAGCCUGCGAGAAGCGCAUCGACGAACUUCAAACAAGACAGUGAAGACAGCGAGUCGGUGGCGGAAAAAUCGGUAGGAACGGCAACGGUAACCCCUGCCAAGGCCACGACUGAUGUAAAGCGAAAUCGUGUCAUUUUGGUGCGAAAUGUGGCCUUCCAGGCAAGCCGGAGCGAGCUGACCGCGCUUUUCAAGCCCAUUGGUGGCCUUGUCAAGGUCAGGAUGCCGCAAAAGCCAUCGGGUGGACACCGCGGUUUCGCGUUCGUCGAGUUCGCCACGGAAGACCAAGCUGAGAGUGCCAUCAACUCCUUCGGGGUCGACACGCAUCUGUUCGGACGUCGAUUAAAUAUUGAAUAUGCGAAAGCUGUGUGA